AGAGUCAGUGACGUUGUCUGGUAUCCUCGGGAGGCGAUAGAAAGUGCUGAACAUCUGAAGCAGAAGGAUAAGGCGAAAAAAAUCACACGCAGGUGAAUAUACUGAUUUUAUUUUCGUGUCAUUCUUUCAAUUUUAGCAAUUUUGGCGUUAGAAUAUUCGUACGAGAGCUCGUAACCUCAAAACGUGUCAUGUUAGCGCGGAAGCGAGAUAAUGUCAGUGAACGGGCUAACGUUCGAAGCUAACUCCUUAGCCUAGCCCGGAGCUAAUGAUGCUAACUGGCUAACAGAGAAAUAAUGGACAGCUGACACCGCUGGAGUGAGACGAGAAAAACAACAAUAGGUGCUGUAAUGUUGAGUUUGCUUUCAAAAUAGAGAAAAAUUGGGAACUGCAAAGAGUAACAGACUCAUUGUUUACAGUUAGAGUGAAAAAAUGAGAUAUAUAUUUGUAACGACCAGCUAGCGACUAGAAACGAUGUGAUCAAAUCUGUGAAAUAACAUCAGGUUAGUUCACUCGUGGCUUGUUAGCCGAAUGUAGCACGGCUCUCUAAUGGGUCAUAGUUUGUAAUAAUGUAACAAUAAUGUGAUGUUUCAUUACGUUAAUAUUACAGCAUGUUACAGUUGCCAGUGGCAGCGCUUCUAUCAGGCCAGUCGGUGUUUGUAAACCGAGUAAUAUCGUUAUGAUUAUUAUCGUGUCACGUUAACGGUAGAUACAUCAGAGUAUGUUGCUGAAGCUGUUUUAUUAAUGCCAGUCUCAUGUGGUUAAUUUAACGGGGAUUAAAACGCAUGUCCGUGUCCAUAGUUUGGCGUAUCUGCGGUCACUGAAAUCAGAAAGUUCUAGAUGUGUCCUCCAAACACGGCUUAUGUGCCCAGUUAACAGCUGGCUAAUCGUUAAUGCACAUAAUCACCAUCAGUUAUUUUUUUACUCAAACACGAAAUCCCCGUCAGUGUCAGAAAGACCCAUUUUUUUCCAUUUAGAGCUGUCAAAGUCCUCUUUUAGAUAUGCUACAAUGAAUGGGGGCUUUGUCUGGACAGAUGUUGAUGAUUGUUUUCCGCUGUGAUAAGCAGGGAUUUCUAAAAACACAUGAUGUGCACUCACUACUCUCAACAGGAUGCACCCCUGUUCAAGUCCUACUUAAUUUGGUGUCAAACACACCAUAACACAGAGUAAGACACCCUCUCAAGAGAUGAAUGUUGCUGACUGCUUGCUUCUCUAGUUAUACCAACUUAAGUAACGACUGCGCGCAAUACACAGUGGUCUGACGAGCCAUAAACAAACCUCAACCAAAACGCCACUCUAUAGCCACAAAUAAUGCUCAGAACAUCACCUAACUUCAUCAACAGUACAUAUAGGGUCCCAGCCACAGCACUAAUCACCAAACUUAACUUUGCCUAAUUUCUUUGACAAAUAGUCAAAACACAACUCACCUACUCUCUUCCAGCAGCCGCUUAUUUGUAGUGAGACCUCAGGCCAAUCCAUUAUAGUCUGCUGUGGGGUAUCGCAGCUCAAGGAAGAACAUUUAUGAUCAUGACUUUAUCAUUUCCUUAAAGUAAUAAUCAUCAUAUUAAUCAUUUUGCUCUGCAGACGCAGUAGUUCUUCUGCUUUAGCGUCUUGGUCUGAUUGUAUUUCCAUGAAGAAAUGAUCAUAAAUUUUCUUCUUUGAGCUGCGUCACCCCGCUGUAGUCCGUAAUGGACUGGUCCGAGGUCUUGCUACAAACAAGCGGCUGCUGGAAGAGAGUGGAUGAGUUGUGUUUCGUCUCUUUGCUUAAGAAAUCGGGACCCUAUGUGUACUGUUGAUGAAGUUAGGUGCUGUUCGGAGCUUUAUUUGUGGCUAUAGAGUGGCGUUUUGGUUGAGGUUUGUUUAUGGCUCCUCAGACGGUGCUGCUUCUCAGACUGCUGUGUAUUGCUAUUGUGCAGUUGUUACUAAAGUUGGUAUAACUAGAGAAGCAAGCGGUUGGUAACAUUCAUCUCUCGAGGGGGUGUCUAAUUCGGUGUUGCAAGGUGUUUGACCCUAAAUUAAUUUUACGCCAGAAUAUCCCUUUAACACAUGUCAAAUCAGCAAGUCAAAGCAUUCAGGCGAGGGGAUCUGCGGAAAAUCAACCAGACAGGUGACUUUGAAUGAAGCAUGGUUGUUGUAACCAGAUGGGCCGGUCUAGUUCUUCCAGAAAUUGCUCAUACAUAAUACAACCAUCUUUAGGAUUCAAAGGAAACAGCGUGACAUAUCAGCGAGCAGCAGUUUCCUUGUUGAUGGCGGAGGUCAGAAAGAAUGGCUGGACUAGUUUGGCUGGUAGAGAGGAAACACUCACCUGUAGUAACCACUCACAGCAACCAAGAUAUACAGAAAAACAGCUGUAUAAGCAGAACACAUUAAGCCUUUAAAGCAGAUAGAUGCAGCAGCAGGGGACUGUAAUGGGUGCCACUCACUCUUGCAAGUGUAGAACAGGAAACUGAGGUUACAGUUUGAGAAGGCUGAAAAUGAGACCUGAUCUCUGCUUUGAGGUUUAGAUCACAGCAGGGUCUGAAUUUGAUGUAAACAACAUAAAAGAAUGGCUCUAUCCUGCCUUGUAUGAGUGCUUCAGGCGGUCAGUGGUGUUGGUGUAGUGGUGUGGGUGUCCUCUUUGGCCCCUUAAGUACCAUCCAAGCAUAAUUUGAAUGCCAGUCUACUUGGGUAUGGUGACCAUGUCCAUCUCUGUAUGACCCCAGUUUACCCAUCCACUGGUGGCUACUUCCAGCAGGAUAACACGCCAUGUUGUGAAGCUCAGAUCAUCUCAGAUGGGUGUCUUGACCACAAGGUCUCUGUCACCAGGUCUCAGUCCAGUUGUCCACCUCUGGGAUCUUGUGAGGAAUGUUUUUAUCGCCUACUUCAAUGUAUGACACAAAGAUCUGAGGCUGUUGUGUUGGCAAAAAAAGGGUCUUACCCAGAGCUAGUGGGAUGUUCGUAAUGUUUUAUCUGGUAUAUGUUGUGUUUGAGACAUUAUGUCCAAUGACCAUGCUUAUCUACUCUUACCAUGACUGUUUCUAUUCACCCUGUCUACUGCUACUUCAACUGAACACACAAGCAAUUAUUAUGUUGUACAAACUCUCAGAUUUUGCUUUGGUCCAGAGCGGUCACGAUACCAGAAUUUUGAUACGAUACCAGUAAAACAUCAAUAUCAUCAUCUGUUUUAAUACAACAGUAACAAAAAUGAGACUUCUGGGCACCCAAAAGGUUAAUUAUAGUAUUGACCACAAAAACAAACGGGACUUUUCCCAAAUACGAUGUUUGACACGAAUGAGAUAUACCCUCUCAAUUUAUCAUUCCUAAUGUGUGGUGGUGUGUGCAUUUGCAGAGGGUGUGCUCUCUGUCUAUAUUGUCUAAUUUUCUUUCUAAUUUGUUAAAUAUGUGGGCAUCAAUCAUUAGACAGUGUUAUGGAGCUCCUUGUCAACAGGCAUCAGGGCAGGAUUACGACAGAACAUGGAGAGAUGGGGUAAUCUUACUAUAUCUCUCUGCAGCUCUAUAUCUGUCUGAAACAGACACAAACAGACACAAGUCUUUUCUGAGAUGCUGAAAGGACCGAACAAAUGUUGGUAUUUUCCGACCUGUGAUUGAAAAAAGUCAGUGGUGUAGCAGCUGUCACAAAAGGCAGGAAGAUCAAUGACUUCAGCUACAAAUCCAGCACAAGAAAGGUAGAACAGAGCAGAUCUAAUGUCUACUUUUUCAUGUGUAUUUCAGGCCGUAACGUUUCCAGUGUGAGUGUGCUGUGCUCCUUGGCAAGGCAGGAGAGGCACCAGGGACCAUGAGUGAGAAUGGCCCUCAUACAGAGGCGCCUAUGUACUUUGAGGUAGAGGUGGAUCCUCUCGGGCGGGAUGACGACGAAGACGAAGACAAGAUCCACUAUGACAAAGAUGACGACCUGAUCCCUGAGCAGUCAUCCUCCUCCGGCCGAGUUUAUGACCGCACUACAGUCCUCAUCGAGAGGGACCCCAUCCGGCUGGAUGAGGAGGGCGAGGAGGAGGGUCACUGCGGAGGGGAUGACGAUGGGGUCACUUUCCUUACCGAAGGGGAGGGUGAUGGAGAUGAGGAGGAAGGCUCUCUGGCCUUUAUGAAUGACCCCGAUGGCAUGUCACAGGGUUAUGUUCAUCACACCAUUUCUCCGGACCAGAUCCAGUUCACCAUCAAUCCAGGCUCCACCCCCAUGCCACGCAACAUUGAGGGGGCCACCUUGACUUUGCACUCCGAGUGCCCCGAGACCAAGCAGAGAGAGGUAAGUCUGCAGAUCCCUUUCACACUGAAUAUUUAUUAGUACCCAACAAAAUUUUGUUGUAUAACUACAAUAACAUGAAGUCCCCUAUCUUUUAUUGGUUAAAUACAGACUUUUGGCUGGAUAUUAAAACAAAGAUCUUGAAGUGCAAAGGUCUUCAAAAUGAGCUUCCCUUACCUUGUGGUCAAGCCUUUCCACAAUAUAAGCUGCCUUCUUUUCAAUCCAAGUAGUAGAGCAGGACAAUAAGUCGAAUUUCAGUUUCAAUUACAGUUUGUCUUCCCACAACCGCAAAAAUAAGCCACUCAAGAUUACAUGAUUAACGUGCCAUCUGCCAUGCUGUGCUUGUUUUGUCUGAUGUAGUGAAUAGAGCCCUUCCUUCCUUUCUUCUUUCACAGCAAAGGUGUUUGCUCUGCCCCUCCCCUCAUGUAGCUCUCUCUCAAAUUCUUUGAUCAAGGGCUCAGAUUGUCAUGUAACGAAGUUGUUGAUGCCAGAAAAUGAGUUAAGUGGGGACUGCUGUACCUGCAUAUGUUAGUAGAAACUAGGGGUGUCCUGAUACGAUGUUGAUAUCGGACAUGGGUCCAAUAUCAGCCUCCAUCUAAAAUCUCCAAUAUCAGCACUCCGAUACAGGCAGUCCAUUCCAGAGUCCGCUUAGGCACCUCUAUCUAGCAGUAUCCAGAUCCAGCACCUAGAGCCCAUGUAAUCACAACAACAGUGUGUACCAAGGUACCAACAAAGUACCAAGGAGUAGGAGUGAUGUCGGCCCUGUGGCAGCAUUUUUCAUUAAAGUCUGAAAAGAAGUUGCAGCUGAGUGCAAAACUUGUCAUGCACAAGUUUGUGCUAAUAUCGGGACAAUAUCGGUAUCCGCCAAUAUUGAAGGCUACAAUAUUGGUAUCAUAUCGGAGGUAAAAUAGUUGUAUUGGGACACCCCUAGUAGAAACAGUCAUGCAGUUGCAGGUGAAAGAAGCUUGUAGGGUUAGAUAGAAGGAGCAGUUGUGUGUGUUAGUAAAGCAGAGGGACAAAGUGAGCAUGGCUAGAUAGAUGCUGCAGGCAGAGCUUCUUUUGCUCUUUGCAUUUUAACGUGUUCAGAAUGUUUAAGUGUUGAAAAGUAUUUACGUUGACUCAUUGAAGUUGAUGUCAAAUUAUGAGUAAUCAUGCUCAAUAAUCAUGAUGUCAAUAUCAACCACCUGUCCCGUCCUGCAUGGCGGAAAUAGACAACACAACUAUCUGACAACGAGUGUGCACUGUUAGAGCAGCUGGUCCUUUUUUCUGUGAGAGAGGCAGAGUGCUGAAAGACUGCAGGGAAGAACUGAGUCAACAACUCCGACCUGUGUUUAUUGAGUUUUUUCAAACGUCAGAUGAUCCACAAGCUAUUGACAGAGGAAAAUACCAAAUAGAGAACAUUAAACAAUAGGUUAAUAACGAUUAUUGAACAGUUGGUUUGACUUUUAGUACGCCGUACAGCUGGGUUUUGGAGAGUUGUUGUUUUUCUUUCACUGAGAGGAUAGGACAGUAGAAAGAGUAGGAAACUGGAAGAAGACAUGCAGGACCAUAGCUUCUGUGUAUAGGGCUCUCUUGUUGAAUUACUGAGCCAAACUUCAUUGAGAGGAUUGUUAUUUAACCAGUUCUGCGUGAUGCAGCAAAUACAUCAGCCCCAUUCUAGGUUAUGAAGAAGAAGCAAGGGUGCAGAAGUGACUUUCUACCUAAUGCUCCCUGACAGUUAUUGCCAGUCUAGAGACCAGAGCAAUAAGCAUGCUCAUUUAGCUUGUUCUCCGUUUAUGUUGUUAUAGAGCGAAAUCAAACUUUAAUGAAGAAACUUGUAAAGAUAGACGUGAAGAGUGGAAGCAUUAUAUGGGUGGAAUUCUGGAGUAAGUGCAUCAGUGUUUAUCUCCUCUGGUGUUAAACACAGAGGCUCCACAAGGGAGCAAUUCCCCCUCAGUGCUGUCUGAUUCAAAAGCAAAUGUUUGUCUGAUGACUAAAUGGAAAUUGGGUUACUCAAAGGACAGACAGAUCAGUUUGCUUGGUUUAUGUAAAUUCCGUUUCCAAACAGAAAAGCACUUUCCAGUCACUAAGAAAAAGGUUUUUAUCAUGCACAAUAUUGGAUUUUUGCAGUUAUCCCAUACGCCAAUAAUUCAGAGGUGUUUUGUCUGAUAUAGAUAAAACAUAUAUGCUCUUUUUUCACUGCCAUGUUUCCUAGCUCUGUUAAAUGACUCAGGUAGAGGCUGCUGACAGGUUUUUGUUUUUUUGUUUGCACUGAUGCUUUUUCAUUCUCACUCUGAGGAACCUCUUCGCGCAGUCGAAGAUGAUGUUCUUGAGAUGCACAGUUGUGUUUGUGGUUUUCAAGGAGUCUUGUUUUGCUUUUCCUCACAUCACUUGUGCUCUACAAGCAUCGCAAAUCGCAACACUUGAAAACACUUUCAUACCGCAAACAUGUUGUAGCUUGUUGCUGCCUGAUCUGCCACACAGAUUGACUCCAUGUCAGCUUGAGCUUUUAUCCGCUGGUACCAAUAUUACUAAUAUCUUGUAUUUGAUUCACUGUGCUGCUAUUACCAACAGCCACUUCAAAAAUGGAAGACAGUGUUGGAGAUAAUCCCACAGAAUGGGAGUCAUUUUUUAAUUAAUCCCGUGAUCGGGACGGGACGGGAAAAAGCAACAGGAGCGGGCAGGAGUAGGAACAACAUUAAUAGAUGAUCAUUUUCAGCCAUUUUCAUUUUCAUCUUCGUUCUGUGUUAAAUAACCAGAUGAACAGAUGCGUCCAUUUUUGUAGUCAUCUCUCAGUGAGAGCCAACACUCUUGACCGCGCUGGCAACACAAAAGAACUACAACAGUGGUUUGACUUCCUGUCACCACCGGAAGUGAAACGCGACUUGGAGCGACUCGGAGCGACUGCCGCUCCGACUCGGCUGCCACUUUUACCUAAAUUUUUUUAUUUUAGGUAAAACUGCACGUUUUUUCAACAUGUUUGGUUUUAUUCAAACGGGAGCGGGACAGGAGUGGGAGUAAUUUUGAGUGGGAGCGGGAUGGGAGUGGGAGUCAUUCUACGGGAGUGGGACAGGACAGGAUUAAUUUUUUUACUCCGGUCUGGGAUUGGGAAGGGAGGGGAUUUUUUCUCUGGGAGUGGGACGGGACAGGAGUGUAAAUCCACUCCUGUGUCAUGCUCUAGUUCCUACGCAAGUGUGGAAAAGUAUGGAAGUAAUUUGAUCAAUUUCCAGGUCUUAAAAAGUACGGUAAAUGAAAAAUGAAGUAUGGAAAAGUAUUUAUGUUAACAGACUAUAUUACCACAGUUAUAAAAUACUCUUUCCUUUAAUAGAAAAGUAGGUAUUAUCAAAAAUAAUUUUAAAAAGUAGGGUAUCGAAAAGUAUGAAAAUUCCAACUGUGUAGGAACCCUGAAUAAUGGUUGUUCUAACUUUCUAAAAAAUGCACCAAAAGCCGCAAACAGCCAAAUGUUGCAACUCAGUCUUGUGGCUGUGACUCACGAGAAAAGGAGAAUUCUUGAUAAUGAGUCACAUCCCCUUUUUCAGCAAAAACUGUUGUUUACAUGUGGUUGGUGUAGCUUCAGGUCAGAUAGAAAUUACGUGUCUGUAAGUUUAAACUAAAGAAGGAAUAAUGUGUUGUGUGGAGUUUGACCAACAGCGAGCUCUGUUUGGGUUUCAUCGACACAGUUUUUCAGGUUUCAUUGUCUUUGUGUUUGCACAUGAAUGCUCACAAAGUCAAUCAACCACGCCUUUUAUAUAUGAUCCUCCUGGAUUGAAGUGUUAUUUUGACUUCACACAUUACACUCAACUAUCUUUAAAUCAAGCCUUUAUUUAACAGCACAGAUUAUGAGGUGCAGCUGAUGUGCACAGUGCGAUGUGGUGCAAAUUCUAGCAUGUGUGCACAGUUUCAAAGUUUUGACCAUUUUCCUCAUGAAGAGCAUGAGAAGACUGUAGGCAUUACGAGUGGGUACUUCCUGUAGGCAACCAGCCCGAAGCUCUUAGCGGUAUUGCUUUUAAUACUCUCACACGACCAUUUAAUUGUGAUGAAGUGGUCUCUUCCACAGUGAAUGUGGGAGACUAGGGGAUACAGUGUACUCUCCCUGCGAUGGUGCUGAAGGUGUAGAGGAGUCACGACGGUGUGGGGGAUGAAUACAAGCAGGCUUCCCACUGUGGAUUUGCACGGAUGUUUGCCUCAUGACUGAUGUAUCCGCCUUCCUUCAAAUCAGAGUGAAUGGCAUUUAACUUCCCAUCACCGAGACUGAAGAGAGAGAAUGAAUCAGCUGUUGUGUUUGUUGUAAAACUGCUGCACAACAGCUGAUUUAACAGUUAAUUUGUCAUUUUAAGAAGGAGAUUUAAGUGUUGGCACUGACGCCGCCUGCAACUCAUCAGUUAAUCAUGAUUCCUUUUUCUAUAUAUAGAAGUAGAUAGAAACAUGAGAUAUAAUAGAGAGUAAAAGUGGUCACAUACUUAACUGAAACGAAAGUAUAAAAGGUAAAUUCAUUUUAAAAAAGAUAACAUCAUGCUUACUAGUCUGUACAGAACUACCAAACCGGAUACAUCCAGGGAUAAUCAUGCAAUCUUAUCUUGAUAGGCGUUUUUAUAUGAAAUUACAGGGUAGGAAAUGGUUCAAUUUUAUGGGCUCCUGGAACAGUAAGUUCCUGCAAUAAUGUUUGCUGACAAAUGUUUUGCGCUUGUGGAGCAACACAAACCACAAAUGUUCCCCUUCUGAUUUUGUGCUCUGUCAGAACGGCUCUUUUAAGAGAGGAGAAUGGACGGCCUUUAUUCACUGCGCCCAAAGGCUUUUAGUGGGAAAGAGCAGGAGACUGUCACACUGCAGAGGGGAUUGCUGCUGUGAAGCAGAAUUGGAUGGGAUGUAUUGCAUGGUGGGUUAGUCAUCUCUGCUGUCCUUUUGUGCUCACUCGUUUCAUGUGCUGAUGGAUGGCUGACUCACUGAGUUCAAGCUCUGUCUGAAAGGUCACUCCGACUCACUCUGUCAUUACAUUGUAUUGCAAGGUCAGCCAUUGCUGAGAUUAAUUAACUUAUUACCUUCUCACUGGCUUUUUGAAACACAGCGCAGGACUCUCUGACAUGGAGGUUUGAAGCAGGUGCUGCCAACGGUUUCCUUUAAUAGAAGAUUUGAACUCAGUCAUGCUAAGUCACUGGUUUCCUUCCCUCCACCAGGUGAAGCGCUAUCAGUGCAUGUUUGAAGGCUGCACGAGAACGUACAGCACAGCGGGGAACCUGCGCACACACCAGAAGACUCACCGGGGAGAGUACACGUUUGUGUGCAAUCAGCAGGGCUGUGGAAAAGCUUUCCUCACAUCAUACAGCCUUAAGAUCCACGUCCGCGUCCACACCAAGGAGAAGCCGUUUGAGUGCGAUGUGCAGGGCUGUGAGAAGGCCUUCAAUACCUUAUACAGGUAUCCCUCCUUUAUACUACACCACAAAUUAAUAACUGUACCAUUUCAAACUCUAAGUACUGAAAUAAAGAGCAUCUGUUAUCGACAACACCAGACCCAACAGUGGGUUCGCUUCAUGCCGGCCUUUGCCAGGCUUUGGCUUUUGUUGGAAGUGUUUUUUACAUUUAAAUUUUGCUGUGAUCUCAAGCAGUCUACAACAAAGCCCUCUGGUCUGUAUUGGUUCAGUUGCUAUGACAACUUGUCUGGGCUUUGGUGAAGCUGUGCCACUGCCAUCAACUUCCUGUCAGAGGCUGUUACUCACAGCACCAAAAGAUGCGACACAUGGGUACAUAGCCUUCCCUCUUUCGCUCUCCCAGUUUACGCCGCCAUCCAGAUUCUCCUCGACAACCGUUGAGAAGAGUGAACGCGCUGAGGUCGUUUUUUUGCCAUGUGUUGUCAGAUUUUGCUGUACUGGGGAUUUGAACCCUUUUUAAUAUGCUCUCUUUUCUCUCUUUUUUGAAAGAGUCACAACUGGGAUCAAACACACGCUGUAAAAAAACAAAAAAACGUUGCUUUUAGUUUGUUUCUCUCCGCAUGUUUACCCAUCGUAGUGUCAAUUAACAGUCUUUAUUGCCUCUGCAGGCUAAAAGCACACCAGAGACUUCAUACCGGCAAGACAUUCAACUGUGAAUCUGAGGGAUGCACAAAGUACUUUACCACACUCAGCGACCUGAGGAAGCACAUUCGCACGCACACUGGGGAGAAGCCAUUCCGGUGAGCAUUUUAUUAGUGACUCCAGGUUUUAAUUCACUUCUAUUAGGAGAGGGGAGAACUAACAGAAAUAAAAACUCAUUCACAAGCAACUCUUUCAGUAUGUGUUAGUAUUUUCUUGACUAUAAUUGAAAUAGACGCAGAAUAAUUUCUCUCUAAUGAAGUAGAUAAGAGCUCGGUGAGAACGCACACACACAAAGACCAUCCCAACAGAUCUAAUACAUAACAGAGCCUAUGAAAUGGUCCAUUGGGACUGGAAGGUCAGUGAGAGCCAACAGCCAAUUAAGAGGGUCAUUAAAGGGAUAUUCCAACAUAAAAUUAAGUUAGGGUCAAACACACCAUAACACCGAGUGAGGCACCCCAUCGAUGAAUGUUGCCGACCACUUCCUUCUCUGGUUAUACCAACUUUAGUAACGACCACACAAUAGCAGUACACAGCAGUCCCAGGAGCUACCUCAGGUGAUUCUGUUACUGCAGUGGGGGGACGAGCUCAAGGAAGAACAUUUAUGAUAAUUUCUUUACCAUUUCUUUAAGUAAUAAUCAUCAUAUUAAUCAUUUCACACUGCAGACGUGGUAGUUCUUCUGCCUUUGCGUCUCUGUCUGAAUACAUUUCCAUGAAGAAAUGAUCAUAAAUGUUCUUCCUUGAGCUGCGAAACUCCACUGCACUAAUAGACUCACCUGAGAUCUCGCUACAAACAAGCGGCUGCUGGAAGAGAGUAGGUGAGUUAUGUUUAGUCUCUUUGCUAAAGAAAUCAGGCAAAGUUAAAAAGAUUUUUGCUGGCUAGUACUAUAGCUGGGACCCUAUAUGUACUGUUGAUGAAGUUAGGUGCUGUUCUGAGCAUUAUUUGUGGCUAGAAAGUGGCGUUUUGGUUGACAUUUGUGUGUGGCUCCUCAGACCGCUGUGUAUUGCUAUCCUGCGGUCGUUACUAAAGUUUGUAUAACUAGAGAAGCAAGUGGUCGGCAACAUUCAUCUCUCAAUGGGGGUGUCUAACUCAGUGUUCCAGUGUGUUUGACCCUAAAUUAAUUUUACACUGGAAAACACUGCCAUAUUUCUAACUUUUUCAUGCACUACACACUGUCUUGCUAACAGUCACCUGUACACUGUUCAUAUAUUAGCUAGUUAUCUUUACUUCCUGAGUCAUCAUCAAACCCACUCUUGCAGAAGCUCAUUACUGCCUAUUUGCAUUUGAAGUUUAGUUUCUCAUUCAUGUUUUGUGUUCCAGGUGUGACCAUGACGGUUGCGGGAAAGCAUUCGCUGCAAGUCAUCACCUGAAAACACACGUACGGACACACACAGGUACAUAUUCCUUAUAUAUCUCUUUAUGUGAUGUUUAUUGAUCGAGGUAGCUUGGAUGGGAACUUGUUUGUUUUUCAGAAAUGCCUCAUUUGCAUUUGCAUUGUAUCCACAGCCUCCUACGCAAAGUUAAUUUGAAUAGCCUUUUAAAACUGGAUCUAACCUGCAGCUUAAAACAUGAUGUGGUUUUUGUACUAACAGUGUUGACCGAGCCAGAGAGUCUCUGUUUCCCUGUCUGUAAAAAUUGAAUAAUUCAUUAGAGGAGGGAAAUGAAACAGAAAUGUAUUUAUUUUGUCUACUGUAGUAUUUCUCUCUUUUCUACAUUUUGGCUGACUUUCGAAGACUGUCUGUUUCGCUCUCUGUUCUCUAGGGGAGAAGCCAUUCAACUGUCCGAGUGACGGCUGUGAGAAGACUUUCAGCAGCCAGUACAGUCUGAAGAGUCACAUCCGGGGCCACGACAAAGGACAAGCCUUCAGCGUCACCCUCACCCAUCCGCUCUCUGAAGUGAGUCACAGUCACAGUUACAGCAGCUUCUGGGUUUGUGCGGGGACACUCGAGCCUCCGAUGUCGGCGCGGUUGCCGAGAGAAACAUAACACCCCGGUCCUCGUAUCAUUCACUCUUUAAAAGCUUGUGAAUUCUUAAUGCACGGUCUGUUGAAAGGGUACGGUGCUUUUAGAGACGUCGGCGGCAUUUCUCAGACAAACUCGCACACCGGUUCUGACAUUCUUCGCGGCUGCUGCUCCCCCUGUCUUUGUUUGCAUGACUCAGCUCUUGAUUUCUCAGCAGCGACUAGUUUAAUCAGCUUACAGUUAUCUCUCAAUUACAGGAUGCAAAUCACUCGCUGUGCCUCAGUGACUUGAGUCUCAUCUCUACAGAUUCAGAGCUUCGAGAGAACAUCAAUAAUGUAAGUGUGAUAACGCAAGGUGUAAACAAACACGCUGCCAAGUCUGAUAAACAAUAAGAGAGAGAGUUUGGAGGAGGAAGGAAGGUUUUUGCUUUGAUUUUGAUGAAGUUUUGGUUUGGUUACAGGCUCAAAAUUUGGACCUCAACAGUGUGACCCCUGUGAAAAUCUUUGAGCUCAUGUUCCAGAGUCCUGAAAACAGUGUCAGCCAGGAUGAUGCCCAUCCCAACGGUCAGUACACAGAAUACACAAAACCUGCCUGUUGGAACUUAAAGGGAUAUUCCGGCGUAAAAUUAAUUUGGGGUCAAAAACACCAAAACAUCGAGUUAGACAACCCCUCAAGAGAUGAAUGUUGCCGACCGCUUGCUUCUCUAGUUAUCUAGUUAUGAUCAUCAAUGUUCUUCUUUGAGCUGCGAAACCCCGCUGUAGUCCUGCAAUCGUUACUCAGGUUUGUAUAACUAGAGGAGCAAGCAGUCGGGAACAUUCAUCUCUCAAGGGGGUGUCUAACUCUGUGUUCUGGUGUUUUUGACCAUAACUUAAUUUUACACCGGAAUACCCCUUUAAUCAAAAUUCCUUAUUCAUUGACUGGGUUUUGUUUUCCUCAGAGAGCCUCACUGAACACUUCAGUCUCGAGACUCACACCCAGCCAGGAGGGAGUGAUGCCUCGCCUAUCAUUUCUUUCACCUUCAGUCCUACCUCCUCAGCUCCCUGCUCCCACACAACUGCAGUGAUGGAGGCUCCUCCCCAGCUCAGUCAGAGCGCUCCUUCCCAGGCCUCCACCCCUGCUGCAGUCACAGCCACUGUCAGCUCAAAACAGCCUCCCCCUUUCAUGCAGCUCACGGGGCCUCAGCAGAUCUCCGACAUGCCCGCUCAGACUCCUGUCCAAGCACCGAAACACGCCAACCCCCAGCAAUACGUCGCACUGCCAUCCACAUUCCUGCAGCCAAACAGCGCCGCCCAGACCGCCCCCCUGCCACAGCCCAUCUCUGCUCCCCCCUCACUGGCUCCAGCGCUGAACACCGCAGCACCAGAAACCGCUCCCGUGCCUGUUGUCGCAGCUGCCGCAACAGACGCUCUGGCAGCCGUGGCUCAACCUGUGCCUUUGGCCAACAACCCCAUCCCAAACUCUGGCCCUGGUCUGCCCACCGCCCCUGCCACCAUCACUAUAGCUCCAACCCAGAACCUGCUGCAGCCCAGCUUGGUCAUGUCUGACCAGAACCUGCAGUGGAUCCUCAGCAGUGCUGCCAACAGCCAGCAGAACCCCGAGCAGGCAGUGAGUAACACAUUUUUCCUAAUCAUAAGUAAAUGCAUGUGAGAGGAUUAGGAAACGACAUUGUCAUGAACUUGGUUUUGUUAUAAUAACAGGAGAACAGAACAUGCAUAGAUUGAAUAUACCAGCAGAUAGUCAGCGUGUCGUCUGUGUGAUCAGUGUGGUCGCUUUGUUUAUAGUUUGUGUCGUGAAUGAAAAGUGUUAAAGUUGAUUGGAGCACAUUUGUAUCUUAAACUGUACAUAAAAAGUUGAAACAACCUUGGUUUCCAAAGUGACGUAGCCUUAAACCUGCAUUCUUCUCUGUGGCCAGCAGGGGGUGACUUGACUUGUUGCAAAAAUAAGACAGACCUGUUGAGAAAACAGCUGCUCCCCUUAGCUAAGUUUUUGUCUGAUCAGUGUAUGAUCUCAGUUUCUGUGGUUUAGAGUCUUCUUCAGAAUAGCAGGAUAUCAGUUUGUUUAUUAUUGUCUAAUUUUUAGUAAAAUCAAGAUUAGGCGUGGGAUUUAAACUGUGGUGUUAAAUCUUCGUUCACAGGCACAUCAAGGAGCUCCAAAAGUGGAAAAAGUUUUCUUCACUACAGCCAUACCAGUUGGAGGAAAUGCUGGUAGGAAGUUAUUUAUGAUCUAUAUUUGUGUUGUUAUGAUUGACCAACUUUUUCUUUUGCUAAAUUUUUACAAAUUAUAUAUUUUAGGCAUUUUAUCAUUUAAGAACAUCUCCAGAGUGCGCCAGUUUCCCUUUAAAGCCAAUGCAGAGACUCUUAUCCAUGCUUUUAUCACCUGUAGAAUUGACUAUUGCAAUGCUCUCCUCUCUGGACUCCCUAAAAUGAACAUUUCACAACUUCAACAAAAUUUUGCUGCACGCAUGUUGACGUAGACCAGGAAGAGAGUCCACAUCAGGCCAAUUUUGAAAUCUCUGCAUUGGUUACCUGCGUCUUUUAGAGUAGAUUUUGAGGUUCUUUUAUUAGUUUUUAAAGCUCUCAAUGGUCUUGGUCCUUCUUAUUUGUCUGAUUUGUUUUUACCGUAUGAGCCUAGUAGAACCCUCAGGUCUUCAGGUAGUGGUCUUUUAAUUGUUCUCAAAGUAAAAACAAAAACAUACAGUGAAUUAUUGUUCCAACAUUAUGGUCCAAAACAUUAUUAUGUUUUCAUUUUGUUAAAACAGACCUAUAAAUAAAAACGUUAAAAACAAGGAUAUUUAUUGCAAUUGCAGCUGCAUGAUCAGACUUUUGUUUCCCAGAUGAUCACAUUAUAAAUGAAUUGAUUUUACUUUCACUUGGUGGAAAACAUGUUGAAACACAAAUAAUAAGUUACAUCUGAAAAGUGCACUUAAUUUUUUUUUUAUUGACUUGCAAAAAAUGUAGUUUAAGUUGCACAAAAUAUCGAUAUUAUAAAGCUUAAAAAAAUUAGGUUGGAGGAAAAAUGUGCCACUAAUGAAAGCCUCUUACACAGAGCAGCUCUGCAGUAUCAGUUCUGGCACUAACAAACCGUCUUUGUCACAGCUAUCUCAGUGUUGACUAAGGGAAUCAGAAAAUGACAGGCGUCUCUGCUUUAACACUUCAUUUGUCAGUUUCAUUCUGUCCUCUUGUCAGUUCAUGUCACAUUCCCUCUUCUCCACUUCUUGCAGGAUAUUCUGACAGAAAGCGAUAAAUGCACCGCUCUGAACUCAGUCCCUUUGUUUUGUCCUUUGUGUUCUCAGGGAACUCGGUCCAGCAGAUCGGCCUCAGCCUCCCUGUCAUCAUCAUCAAACAGGAGGAGUCCUGCCAGUGUCAGUGCACCUGCAGGGACUCAGCGAAGGACAAGAGUUCAAAGAGUGCCUCCUCCUCCUCCUCUGUAGUCUCAGUCCCGACACAGCUUCCUUCACAGCCUCCUCCCCCACCGUCAGAGCCCACAGAGCCUCCACACCAUCCCUCCACCUGCUCUUCCUCUUGCUGCCUCCCUGAGUCUUCUUCCAAGGCGGAUGAGGUGAGGCUGGAGGCCCCCUCUUCUUCUUCCUCCUCCUCCAUCUCCUCCUCCUCCUCCUCCUCAGCUCAGACUAUUUCAACGAUAGUGAGCAGCACUGCCACCAACCCUCCCUCGUCUGACGGGCUAUCCAAUAUGGAUGUGUCGGACUUCCUCUCACUGCAGAGCCCUGACACGGCUGCCAACAUCGAGGCUCUGCUGCUGGUCGCCGAGGACUUCAGCAUGGCUACUGACGGCAAUCCUUAGAAGAGCUGCCUUCUGAUUCUGGCACCCCUAUGUCUGUCUUGUUGCACCCACACAUCCACAGACAUCAAAUCCACCCACACCGAGUCAUUUUCCACAGUGACGCCUCUUCUCUUCUAUCUCCCUAUAUAGUGUGUGCAUCGAGGCCCUUGUACCUGCAGCGCAUUUUGUUCUGUACCGCAUUGUGUAACAUAUAUACACAAACUAUGACUAACUUUUCUGUUGAGUCUCAUUGCAGUAGUCGAGUUUUUUAAAAACAGGAUUAGUUUAGCGAUGUUAAGGACGGGCAGUAGAUCCUUUUUGUCGUAACCAUAAUCAAACUGUAUAUAUAUCAGCCUACGAUAUCCUCUCUUAACGAAAUGACUGAUAUGAAUGAGGGUUGUCCAAGCACUGAGAAACUAGAGUUCCACUUUUCUGGCUUGAAGGUCGCACAUACCCGAGCAGGAGAGAUAAACGCGUGUCUGUAUAUCCUUGUACUGUACUGCAGGUCCUAACAAAUGCUUAACGCUGGUAUGCAGAUGAGCAGAUUGCACUGUAUAUUAGAGGAAUUAGCUGAAAUUUUUCACGAGAAUCGCUCCCAGCAGGAACUUUGAGAGGUCGGCCACGUGGACCCUCAUGACUGUCAGACAAAUGAAGUGAUUUCUUUUGUUGUUCUUGUUGUUGUUGUUCUUGUUGUUGUUCGUUAGGAAGAUUAGUGUAGUCCAGAAAAUGUGACGACUUUCUUUUUUUUGCUUCUUCUGACAGUUAUUUACUAAUCGAGAGAAAAUAACCUGUGACCAGAUCUGCCUGUCUUUUUAAAGUGAAAUAGAGUCAAGACAUCAAUAAGUUGCCUAUAACUUAAACUAAUUUAUAAUUUGUACAUGUUAAUUUAUUUAAUGCUUGAUUCUUUCAUCUUUACCGGUGAUAUUAUCUUCAAGAUAACAGAGAAAUCUAUGAUUAAUUUAUUCCAAUCGCUUAAUGUAUAUGUAGUUGAGUUUGUAUGUUACUGAAUUUGCUUUUUUUUAGUAAAAAAAAAAGCAGGUUUAAGAAAGCGGCACCUUUAGUCGACUGCACAGUGAAGAAAUCUCUCCUGGAGGAUCUGCUUGUUUGUUAGACAAUAUGCCCACAAUGAAACAGUUCAGAACUACUGUCAUCAUCCCACGUUUUAUAGGGUUUCACCCUCUCAGGGAUGCAUCGAGUCAUAACAGAUCUUGGUUCCCUUAAUUUGUUACUCAGACAUUAGUUUUUUUUCUCACAGGACGCUCCACACCGGCGGUAGCCCUGCGUUUUGCUGCACUCUUCCCCGUUUAUUGCACACAUGAGUAAUCUGACAGCUUCUUAGCUGAGGUGCAGCACCACUACAGACUUUUGUAUACAACUGCUGUAAAGUAGCAUUUGAAAAGACGGUGUCCUGGCGACAGUGUAAAUACAUUUUAGUGUAAAGAUCUUUGAGAAAUGUGUAGAUUAUUCUAGAAUUUGUAUUUUUGUAUAGACUUUUGAAUUACUAACUCUCAGAGUUUGGAGCUAAUGCAUUAUCCCCCCCCCUGUUCACGUUUAUGCAGAAGAGGUUUUGCUGUGUUUAUCUGAAUAGUUCUACUAGCAGCUGGGCUUUUGUACAGUCUCUAUAGUAACAAAGUAUAUGUAACACAUGGCCUCCCUCUCAGAGUAUGAUUUAACAGUAUUGCUCCACAAGGGACACAAUGCAAUGAUGUUAGAAUGAAGGCUUCACGCCCUGUAUGCGAGAGAGUACAGCUGCUCGGCCUUACCACACAACUUUUCUGUCAGCCUCUUUGCCUUGACGGUCUCUAUUUCAGACUUGACAUCGACAUGAUGAACACGCCCAUCUUCAUCGAGUCUCAGGCAAUCACUUAACUGGGUCACCAGAAGCGAGUUGAAAACAGAAAAGCCGAUGGUUUAAGUAGAGUCCAUUCGCCUGCUGUGUCUCUCUGCAAAGUUGUAAAUGGAUAUGCAGCUCUGCUACGAUUAUAACCAACCAUGUAACAGCUGAUGUCGGUGAUGUGAUCAUGAACCAAACAUCUCACACUGACGUUUUUUGUUUUUUCUUUUUUGCCAUAUUUCAGUGGAGCAUUCCCACAGUUUACUGUGCCAAGAUAGCAGUCGGAUGUGUUGUGAAAGGCUCCAGUCCAUUUUGUGCUCUAAACCAUUCCAUUUAUGCAGUAUCGGAUAAAUCGAGAAGUGACUUGGCUCGACUAGAAAAACAUUUACUUACUUUUAUCCAGGUAAGGCGUUUAAACUACUGCCACAAGCCAAGCUCAUGCCAUCAAUCCAACAUCGAACAAGCAUACUGUCAUUGAACACAACUAUGCAAUUUUAAGUGCGGCAUUCACGUGUUUAAAUACUAACUGCAGGACACAAAGAUUAUUUAUUCCUUCCUCCAUUCAAUUGUACUUUACUAUGACCUCCUUCAGUGCAUUCAUGUAACGCAUGUUUCCGGCACCUCCAGUAUUUUACUGGUAUUCCAUCAUUUUCACAUCCUGGCCGUUGUGAUUUCAAAUUAGUAUCACGGCGGUUUCCUUCACACCUUUGAAAUGGACUGGAUUUCUUUGUAAUGAAUGAUUCUGUUUUAAGAAUUACUUUGGUCAAAUGAAUGCAGCUUUCCUUUUUUACUUUGAUGCCUAAUAACAUGUUUUAUCGGGGCGCACUCUAUUGAUGUAAUUGAUCUCGGCUUUUCACAUACUCAAAUAGGACGUGUGGCUAAUUUGUCGACUCAUCUUCACAAAUUCAUGUCACUAACAGCCACUGAUAUUUGUUAUGGCAGAGAAAUGGGUUUUGGGCCUUCGUACCUUUGCUUUACCGACAAAGGUAAAGUAGGUUUAUCACUGAUGGUGACAUUUGUUUGGAAGCACAUUGUUUGAUUGCAAAUGUACAGCCAGAGUGUUUUUGUUUUUUUUAGGUCGGGGAGGGGGGCGAAGAUCAAGAAUUCUUCAUUUUCCCAAAUGGGCAACAAUAGAAGUAGAAAAAGGGGGGAAACUGUAUGCUUCCAAAGGAAUGUCUUUACACCCAAAGAGUGAGGAAUUGUAAAGGAUUUGUAUUUUUUAAAGAAUGUAUAAUGUGAAAAUGUUUGCUUAUGCUUGUAUUAUGAGAAAUAACUUUCUGAAUUGAGAGCAAUAUACUAAUAAAACCUUAUCCUUGUCACUGAAA